CUCAGUCUGAAGAGAGGAGGAGAGAAAUUCACUUACUGUUACUCGAGAACCUGAGACUCUGUGUGUGAGACAGAGAGAGAGAGAGAGAGAGAGAGAGAGAGAAGCUGGACUAUCAGCAAUCCUGUAUUUCUCCUUCUGGAUUGGAACACGGACCCUGAGCUGUGACUGGACAGGACGAGUGUGAGAUGGUCAUAGUGAAGGUAACGUCUCAUCCUAAUGCUCACACACAGCAGAUGAAUGACUCCAACAGUGAGAAGAACGAGACGUGUGUGAACAUUCAGGCCAGUCCAAUCAGUGACUUGCUAAUCGGCAUUUACAUCACGGCCUUCGUGCUGGGCUUGGUGUUUAACCUGUUCACGGCAUGGCCCAUCAUCCAGCAGAUCCGCAAAAGGAACGUGUUGGGCGUCUACCUGCUCAGUCUGUCCAUUUCAGACGUUCUCUACAUCCUCACCAUGCCACUGUGGAUCAUUUACUUCUACAAUGACCACAAAUGGGUUCUCGGCCUCGAGCUUUGCAAACUGGCUGGCUUUGUUUAUUACUCCAACAUGUACAUCAGCAUCUACCUGCUGUGCUGCAUCUCUAUCGACCGCUGCCUGGUCGUCACCUUUCCUCUGAAGACCAAGACUUUCCGCCGCUACAAGUACGCCUGGUUCAUCUCAGGGUUCAUCUUCAUCUUCACUGCCAGCCUACACAUCCUGGUCCUUUUAAUGGACAACGUGACAGACCCGCUGGACAAAAAUUCCCGCUGUUACGAGACGUUUCCCAUGACGGAGCGCGUGGCUCUGUUUAACCUCCUGCGUGUGGUCUUCGGCUUCCUGAUGCCACUGGUGAUGUUGGCCAUCUGCUACUUUCAGAUCUUCAGGAAGGUGAAGAAGAGUGUGGGAUUGGAUGAUCAGGGAAAGCGCAAGGUCAGGCUGCUGUCUGUGGGAGUCAUCACCAUCUUCUCCGUCUGCUAUGCCCCCUACCACAUCCAGCUACUCAUACGCUCCAUCGCUUUUAACUCCUUUCCAUUGACGCGUUACUGUAACUUCGAAGAGGCGCAGCACUUUUACUUCUCUGUGACGCUGGCCAUGUCGAGCCUGAACAGCGUGGUGGACCCUCUGCUCUACGUCUUAGUGAGUAACGGCAUGAGGGAAAGCGUCUGGUUCGGCUGCAGGACAAAAUCCUCCAACUGCUCAUAAACCAUCACAGAACACAGACUGCAGUUUCAGCAUUGAGGACUAAAGUCAGGAGCUGCAGCAGAGUCAAACAAAACCCGAGGAAAACUCACCUGAUGGACCGUGAAAGGACAUGAAAAAAGAAAUCACUCCUUUUUCCAGUUCAACUCUCUCAAGGACAGAGAUCACUGAGGCAACAGUUUUAUUUGAAACGCUGACAGAUAAACAUGAAACCUGCAGCGUCAGCCCCAUGGUCUCUUCCUGGGAAAUGGGGUGGGACUUCACAUUGUCUAUGAUACCAAGCGAUUUUGUAGAGAAAGUCAAAAUCACAGAAUCCAGAAGAACAGUUCAUCUUCCUGCAGAGCAGCAGCUGUGUGCGCGCGCGUGCGUGUGUGUGUUUUGUUGGUAAUUUGCCAGCGCCCCAUAACGAUCCCACAAUUCCUUGCGCGCUCCACCCGGAUGUGACGUAAAGUGGAACUGCUUUAACUGUAUCGAGAGCGCCUCGAUUCACUCUCUCAUGUUCUGACUACUGGAGUGGUCGGACGGACUGUAGGCACGCUCGCUACAGUGUUGAGACUAACCGCUAUUGUCUGAGAACAGCCUGUUCAAAUUAGUUUCGGCCGAACUUUUGAACGACCCGCUAGGUUUCAGCGAUAUAGUGGUUUUGAUUCUAAACCUUUGCAAAGUUUAACUACAGUUAAGUAGUUUUCCACGCUAAGAGGCAUUUGCGGACAGCUUCGCUCCUCUCAGCCUUUUUCUCAUCGACGCAUCACCGGAGGUUUCUCCCGAAGCACCGUGGACCAGCUAGGCCUCCAUCUCCCUGCUUCGUUUAACCGCGGUUGGACGCAACUCGCCGCUAACCUCCUCUCCUCGGACCGCGACCCUCAGCGCGGACAUCGGAGAACGAACUUCCAUCGCAUUGAGUAGGCACUUGGGCAAAUUUUAGUAAUUUGUAGCUUAUUCAGAUGGUUGUUAGGGUCAUGUUUAAGCUUUGAGCUGUUUAGCAUACCCGCUCAAACACGGAAGGUGUCUUUUAUUGUUUGUUUUGGUUCUGUUUUUCUUUGAACUUGUUAAACAGGUUAUCUUGCAUGUUUAUAUCUUUCCUUAACUCCAUUGCUAGCUUCCCUAUCUGAUUAGCAGCGCAGCGACAAGUUUGUUAUUUUAAGCCCCGAGGCUGGACCGCUACAAGGCCUAGUCCUCUCCAUCCAACACCUAUUACUCUUCCCCUCUCUCUCGCGUUGAGUUCUUUGCCUAGAUAGUCUGUUGGAAAUUGUUGUUAAGCACAGUGUUUGGAUCCAGCUGCAACGUGGCCAGAUUCUCAUUAGCAACUCAUUGCUAGCUACCUCAGGGUGAUACGCUAGCUGGUAGGCUUGUGUCUCAACUAGGCCUGCGGGCGCCAUAUUCCCUGACGCCAUUUUGGUACCUCCCUCAUUGAGCUACCUGUGAUACGUCACCUAGUUUACGACAUCUAGGCAUUGACCGCCAUUUUGCUUAAGCAUUGCUAGAGUGGCUAGUCGUUAGCAUCUGCCCACAGAUACACACACACACGCACGUACGCAUCGGCUUUCCCUAGUCUCUCACACACACACACACACACACACACACACACACACAAGGGAUUCUCUUUUCCUAUCUCUCUCUCUCUCUCCUGCCCCAAACCUAUGGCCCAGGUGUAAUUGUUCCAUUGUUGUGCCUUGUUAUUACCUUUACCCGACAUUGAAUGUAUUUUGUGAGAUUCUUAUUAGUGAGUAGUAGACAAAUAAAAGCUAAUCAAAUUGAAUUACA